UCUCUCCCAAAAAAGUAUUCUAUGGUUUAGUGGCAUAAUUUUGUAAAUUUGUGUUUUAUUUCUAAACAAUCACUCUUAAUGUUAAGACAGACAUUCUAUUAAAUACGAAUAAGGUUUGCUGCUGCUACUUAAUAUGUAUUUUUUGCUUUAACAAAUGUUUAAAUAAAAAAAAUCAAACACAAUAAAUAAUUAAAAACAGUUUUUACCACAUAAUAAAUAACUAAACAAAAAUCGUUAACGAAAAGCAAAGCAGGAAUUUCGUUAAUCAAAAGGAAAUAAAAGGAAAUGCUCAACUUUAAGUAUAAGAAAAAUGUCAUCAAAACAAAAUAGAGAAACAGCAGCAGCAGAACCAACAGUAACAGACAUAUGGGAACCAGAUGUUGAGGACUCUAAAGAUUUCACCAAUAGCUAUGCAGAACAACGCAAUGAGUUCCAUGAUGAUGAACGUAUACAAUUUCAGCGAGAAAUAAUGGCUGCUGGCAAUGACGCUCGUUUUAGGGCUGACGACGAUGAAGAGGAGGAAGAGGAUUGUUUAUAUGAGGAAGCUGGCUUAUUGGAUACACGCACUUUAUUGGCCAAUAAUCAGGAUGGUGAUGAUGAUGACUGCAUUAAUACCCGCACAAUAUUCGGUCUAAUGGGAUUCCUAGGAUUUGCCGUGGUCUAUGCCAUGCGUGUAAAUCUUUCUGUGGCCAUAGUGGCCAUGGUCAAUCAAACAGCCAUACCUCAUGACAAUGACAACAACAACUCCUCGGAUAUAGUGGACGACACGUGUCCCAUAGAUGAUGUAACUAAAAAUAAAACUUCCCUAAUACAUCAAGGUGAUUUUGUAUGGGACGAAGCAACUCAGGGCCUGGUGUUGGGCUCCUUCUUUUAUGGCUAUGUUUUAACACAAGUCCCUGGUGGACGUAUGGCCGAAUUAAUGGGUGGCAAACUUAUCUACGGUUAUGGUGUACUUAUAACGGCUCUCUUUACUCUGCUUACGCCCAUAGCUGCCUACUGGGAUUUGCCGUUUUUAAUUUUAGUGCGUGUUUUAGAGGGCAUGGGAGAAGGUGUUACAUAUCCGGCCAUGCAUGCCAUGUUGGCCCAUUGGAUACCACCCUUGGAACGUAAUAAGUUUGCGGCUGUUGUUUAUGCGGGCUCCAAUAUAGGCACCGUUAUCUCUAUGCCGCUUACCGGAUGGCUGUGUUCGUUGGAUUUCAUGGGAGGCUGGCCAUUGGCUUUUUAUCUGUUUGGCAUAGUAGGCAUAAUAUGGUUUAUCUUCUGGAUGUUUUUGGUGUACGAUAAACCCUCUCUACAUCCACGCAUAACCACUAAGGAAAGGCUGUACAUAGAAAGAAGCAUACGGGUGGCCCAACAAUCCAGCGGUAAUCGUUUGGCGGCUGAAUUCCACAGUGUCAAUGAUCACGAUGAUGACUAUAGAAUAGAGAGCUCUGCGGCAGAACAUAAUCGUAUACCCUGGUGCUCCAUAAUGACCUCCAUACCUCUGUGGGCCAUCUUAAUAACCCAGUGUGGACAAAGUUGGGCUUUUUACACCCAGCUUACCGAAUUGCCCACUUACAUGAGCAAUAUUUUACACUUUGACAUACAAUCCAAUGCCGUGCUUAAUGGUAUUCCCUAUUUGACUUCCUGGCUGGUGGGUAUUGGUUGUUCGGCCCUGGCCGAUUGGCUGCUGGAGAAACGCUACAUCACCACUUUAAACUCCUAUAAACUAUGGAAUUCUAUAGCUUCCAUUAUACCGUCGUUGGCCUUAAUAGGUGUAGGCUAUGUGGGCUGCAGCUGGCAGUGGGUGACGUUUAUGCUGGCCGGUGUGGGUUCAUUUGCUGGUGCCGUUUAUGCGGGCAAUCAAAUGAAUCAUAUUUCCCUGAGUCCCCAAUAUGCGGGCACCAUGUAUGGCAUAACGAAUUCGGCAGCCAAUAUUUGUGGAUUUUUGGCUCCCUAUGUCAUUGGCACCAUCAUCAAUCACAAUGAAACUUUGGUGCAGUGGCGUAAAGUAUUUUGGCUGGCUGGUGGUUUAAAUAUUGGUGGAAAUCUCAUUUAUUUGCUGUUUAGCAGUGCUGAAGAGCAAACAUGGUCUCGUCCUCGGCCGUUAAGAGUUGGUGCUUAUGCUGGUGCCGAGGAAGGACAUUUAACAACGUGAUACAUUCUUGUGAUGAUGCUAAUGAUGCUGAUGAUGUUGUGAACUAACGUAGUGUGUACCUUAUAUACAUAUAUUACUUUUUUCAAAGAAAGAACGUGUGAUACAUUUUAUUCCGGUCUGGCUUUGAUAGCAAUAGUGACUGGGGUAAGAAAAACAAGUAAAAAACAAA